AGAAGGAGGGGGGAGGGAGAAGGAGGGGGGAGCCGCUCGGCCCUGGUUCUCUGCAACUUGUUGCACUUCGCUUGAGUUUAGUCGCUGCCGACUCUUGAGCCGCCGGAGCUGAUGAGACUGCGGGCAGUGCCUGUCGAGGGAGCUCCGGCAUUUAUUCUGCCUGUGUGAACUACCCACCAAAUUUCUAAUCGGUUCCAUGGAGUCUUAUGUUGGUGCUAUUCCGGAUAAACAAAUGCAGCGAGAUUAUGGAAUCCAAAUCAGGUUUAUUCAAGACUCGCAAGAAGAAGCAACAAAGGCACAAAAAUAUCACACUGGUCCGAACAAAGCGGGGUCUUACGGAGUCAGCAUUAGAGUGCAGGGAAUCGAUGGGCAGCCAUAUGUUGUGCUGAACAGCAACCAGGAAGGACAUGUGCAAAUGUAUGAGCCUCCCCCUGAGAAUGGUGGCUUUGAUCAAACUGCAUCUCAAGACGGUUUUAAAGCAUAUUCCGGGCCUAAUGCAAGAGAGCAGAGAAACACAUUCUCCACUAAUGGCCACUUCACCUUUCCAGAAAGUCAACGUUUCAGUUCACCAAAGCCAUCUUCUUAUCCACAGUUGCCAGGAGCAGAGACCUCCAAGGUCAGGGAAGACAGUAGCCACGUGAAAGCAAGUAAUUUGCUGAAUUUCCAAAAGCAUCCUGAAAUUCUCAAACCCUAUGACCCUGAAAAGACCUCCCUGAAACAGCCUGGUUGGCAAAGCCUGACCAGUAGCAAGCCCCCCGAGAACAACACAGACAGCUCUUUACACCUUUUGCCCAAGUCAGAAUUUCCGAGGAAGUUAGAUGCCAGAUCGUCAAGCUCAAUUAAACCCAGUGAUGAGAAAAUUAAUAUCAGUAAGGUCCCGAUGAUGGGCGAUGCAAGCAAGAAGAUUGCAGGGCCUGUGAGUAGAAGCGUGGAUUCAGUGAACAGCAAAAUACAUUUUCAGAACGCCAUCAACACUGAUUUGGACGAUUCCCGGACUUCACGGCCAGAUUUGCUCCCUCUGCGCCGGCCAGACACCAGUGGGAGAACUGUCGAGGUUUCAGCAUUACGUCGCUCAUCAUCUUCAACCUCCGCAAGUCCCGACAAGUUGACUCCUCCCAACAAACUGGGGGCGGAAGAUCCGGAUGAAGAACUCUCUGCUGAAAAUAUAAAUCGGCACGAAAAUAGGAGGUACAUCCCCUUCUUCCCAGGCCCCGGCCGUGAUAUUGACUCUGAGCACAUUUCCGGCGUGGAUGAGCUGAUUCAUAAAUUUGACGGUAAAGAGGGUCACUAUCGACGAGGCAGGUCGGCGAGGAGAAACCGAAUUGAUCCGGAAGAUCGAAAACGAUCUCGGAGUGUCGAUAGUGUUUUCCCACUUAAAUCUCCGAGUACCUUUGCUAACCCCGAUAAAAAGUUAACCCCAUCAAAUGAGCACUUGCUCAGACCAUCUCAGUUGCGCCGUCAGAACGCCGUAUCUCAAAGCUUCAAAACCCCAGCCUCGUGUGAGAGUCCACCCGCCAAUAAUGUUGCUUCCACCGGGAGUCUUGGUCGUCUUCCAACGCGGCCUUCAGCCAGUCAGGGGAACCCGAAGUACGGUUUCGCCAACGGCCCAAGUCAGACCGAAGUAGACGGAGGAGCAACUGCUGAGCUCAAUGGAAGAUCUGCCAUUAAAUCAUCUUCAUACCCUGUAGGGACAAUCAACAAGCCUGAAGUCAAAAAGGAAGAAGCAGUGCCUGUCACACAAGCAAAGAUGAGUAAAAUCACUCCCUCCUUCCUUGGGAUCCGUAAGAAGAGUUUAGACCUUCACACAAGCCAACAUGCCUGUGAUCGUGAGGGGCCGGUGACUCCUGACCUUUUGAAGGAUCAACAAACGAAUGAGGAGACGGCAAAACAAAUCCUGUACAACUAUCUAAAAGUGGGGAGUCAGGAUGAAGAUGCCACUAAAAAGAAAGUCAAUUUGGUAUUUGAGAAAAUCCAGACCUUAAAAUCAAAGAGUGCAGUCAGUUUGGAAAGACAAAAGGACAAAAAGGAUGACACCUCCUCUGAAUACCAAGCACUAUUGGAGCAGAAAAAUGCGCUUGAAAAGAAAGUGCUGGCAGCGGAGAAGAAAGCAGAAGAACUGCAAAGAAAACUGGAUGAAUUGAUCUUGAGACAACAGAAUGAGAGAGAGCAAAAAGAUAGGACCAAAGGCAAUCUCAAAAGCCUACAGUAUGAAAUGGAAGAAAAUAUAGAAGAAAAUAAUCGUUUACGGGAGCAGCUAGCAAAAAGUGAUAAAGAGCUACGAAAUCAACUGGAAGAAUUGGUGCAAGUGAAGAUGGAGAGGGAGCAGUACCAGAGUGAAAUUCGGGACUUGCAAGAUCAGCUCUCGGAAAUGCACGAUGAGCUGGAUCGUGCAAAGUUCACUGCCGACAAUGAGGAGAAAGAGACGCUGAUAAUGGAAAUAAUUGAAGCAAAACAGCAGUUGGAAGAGGUGCUGAUAGCUAAAGAAGAUCAGCAGGAGAUGCUGAGGCGACGAGAACGAGAACUGACAGCACUUCGGGGUGUUCUGAAAGAGGAGGUAUCUAACCGUGACCAGGAGACUGAAGAGCUCAAAGAACAGCAUGAAAAGGAGAAGCAGAAACUGAAGAAAAAUAUUGAAGAUCUUUUGCAGACCCAAAGAAAACUGGAGCAGGAAAACAUUGAAAUUAAGCAAGCAAAGAACGCAGCAGAGGAUCGUGUGAGGCAGCUUGAGGAUGAAAGAGGGACCUUGAAAAAUAAAAUCGACAAACUGCAAGCUGAAAGUGGUGAACUCGGUCAAGUAAUUUACAACGUAAAGGAAGAGGAGAGAAGGCAGAAGGAUAAAUGUGUGCGUCUGGAGCAAGAGAAGAAGCAACUGGAAGCUGCCUUGAGAGACGUCGGAGAUCAGGAACAGGAUGUUUCACUCGCAAAGAGAUCUUUGGAGAGUCGGUUGGAUGAUGUCCAGAGAAGCCUCAGCAAGAGAUCGCAGGAGUAUCAGGAAAUAAAUGAAAGGCUUCAGGCGGAGACAGCUCAGAAAGACCUUCUAAAGAAAACAAAGAGUGAAAUGGAGGAUGAAAGAAGGCAUUUGGAGAAGAUGGUUGAAAAGCUUCAGAAGGAGAUGGCUGUGAUGAUUAAGGAUUCUCAGAGGUCGAGCCUUGAUCUGCGGAAGGAACUUGAUGAGUGCAAGGAAAAGAGCCGGAGUCAGCUGACUGCCUUGCAGCAACAGCUGAAAACCAAAGGCCUGGACGUGGAGAAAUCUUUGCUAAUGACCAAGAAACUGCAGGAUGAGAUACGGCACAUGCGGGAGGAGUUGAAGGAGCAUCACCAUCAACAAGAUGAAGCACUUCUGAAGAACCAGCAGCUGAAGCAGAGCAUCAAUGAGCUGGAGCACGACCUAGAAAGCAAAAAGCAUUGUGUGGAUGAUCGAGUGCGGCAGGUCAAGCAAAUAGAGGAUAAACUGACAGAUUUGGAGAUGGAAUUGGAUGAGGAGAGAAAUAAUUCAGACCUUCUGACAGAGCGCAUGAAUAGAGACCGAGAGCAGAUUGAGCAGAUGCGAAAUGAGCUGUUCCAGGAGAGAGCUGCAAGGCAAGAUCUGGAGUGUGACAAGGUUUCACUUGAGAGACAGCACAAAGAUCUAAGGAGCAGAAUUGCACAUCUGGAAGGUUCUCAGAAACAGACUAAGGAAGGGAUUGUUACUCAGCUCGAAGCACGGAUUCAGGAGCUGGGAGAACGUCUGGAAGAUGAGGAAAGAGAGAGAUCUAGUCUGCAACUGAACAAUCGCAAACUUGAAAGAAAGGCCAAGGAGUUAAUGCUGCAAAUAGAUGAUGAACGCCUCCAUCUGACGGACCAAAAGGAUCAGUUGAAUCUACGAUUAAAAGCAUUAAAAAGACAAGUGGAUGAAGCAGAGGAAGAAAUAGACCGCCUGGAAAAUGGAAAAAGAAAGAUACAGAGAGAGUUGGAAGAACAAGUAGAAGCCACUGAAGAAAUCCAAGGACAAAUGAAUUCAUUAAAGAAAGAUCUCAGACGAAAAAAUUCAUCAAAGGUUUCAUCCUCACUUCUAAAUGAUUAUGAAAAUGAUUACAGUACAGAUGAAGACAGUAUCUAUGACACAGAUUUUAAACCAUCAAGGGAAGGUGAUUUGUAGGAUCUCAUCUAACCUGAAGCUAAACAAAGUGACAAAGGGAAGAGGGGAAUUUAAUAGGUUAAUUAAUAUAUCUUGCAAGAAAUGACAAUUAAUUGUACCAGAUGCUACAUGUUCCUAAGUUUUAGUAACGAGUCUCUCAAUGAUACUAUUUGUCUUGUGAAAGUAUCUUUCAAUACCUUUUCUGUUGCCACACUUGUAACGUACUGGGUUUGUGUAUUUGGAGCCAUUUGAAGAAUUAACAGAAGGCCAUGUUUUCCUGCUCAUUCAUUUUGAAGAGAAUUUAAAAUCUAUUUUUUAAAUAAAUUAGCAAUUAGAUUUUAAUGUGUGUGCAGGUUGUAAAUACAUUUAAACUACAAAUAUUUCUUUCCUUUAAGUUAAACUGUUACAGUGCCAACAAUACCUACGGUUUCUUGGCCAAAUUUUGUGUUCCGUGUCAUUUGGAGAAAACAAUCAUCUUUAAUGUGCCUUUGAUCAUUUUCAUCUCUGCUUUUGUCCACCCAUCUAACACCCCCCCCCCCCCCCACCCCACCAUCACCACCUAUCACUCACCAGGCUUUGUGCUGCCCUAUUCUUCAGCUUUCUCCCCCCCACUACAAUCAGUCUGAAGAUAGUUCCAACCCAAGGCGUUGCCUAUCCAUGUCCUCCAGAGAUGCUGCCUGACUUGCAGAGUUAUUCCAGCACUUUGUGUUCAUCAUUUUUGGUCACUUGCACAACAAAAAUAAGUGUAUUGGUCGCUGGUUGCACACGCCUGCACACUGUAUCACUGGGUACCAUCGAUUUCUACACUUCACGUUGUGUGCAGAAUCACAUCUGUAUGAGUGUUUGUGUGAACGUGCCUGUGUGUGUGUGUGAUCCUGCUGUGUGUUUCACCACCUACCACUGACAACUUGGGUUAGAAUUUGGCCCCAAGUUUAAACACUGGACACACGGCAGCACGGAACCAUGUUGGGGGUUGUGGUGCCUGACUUGCUCAUCGACCAGGGCUGGUAUUUUGACAAGGGGCACACCUCAAAUUCUGUUGGUCAAUUUAAACAACAACACCCCCCGCCUCCCCCCAUAAAAAUACAUCUGAAUGGAAGGAGGAAAUGCUUGUAAUCGGAGACAUGCCCCCAUCCCAUAUAUAAGGAGGCAGGGUGAAGGGAGGCCAAACAAUCCCGUUUCAGGAGGUGAGCCGGUCGAUUAAACUUCUAGUGGACGUUGCAUGCUUCUGCUUUGACUGUUUUUUUUGUGUUAACUUGGUGUUUCCUGAAGUCUGGGAAACCCAGCAGCGGUAUGGCUGGCCUGAUAAGUGCCUUUGCAACCAGGUUUGUGACCCAGGGCUGGCCCAGUAAACUGACCUACAAAAACUAGGCCCCAUUCUCUCCACCUCCACCUUCCCUUGUCCACAGCUCAUAAUAUAGCCGUGCCACCAUCCCGAUACCCCUGCACCUCAUGAACUUCACCUUCCCUUCAGUCCCUUCUCCACAGCCUCAGGUUACUGCCACCUGUUCUAUAACCCCAGCAUCAACAGACCCUCCACUCCAGUCCUCUGUGGAUUAUUAUACCGUUCACCAAGUAGCCAGCCCUGUCAAAUGAAGCUGGCUUCUAUGAAUGUGCAUGUCACGAGUCACAAUUGGGUAGCAACAAACUAUCUGUUGGAGGAACUCAGCGGAUUCGAGCAGCAUCUAUGGGUGGAAAGGAAUGGUCGAUAUGUCGGGUUGAGACCUUGCAUUAGGACUCGCAUGUCACAGGGUUUCGACCCGAAGCGUUGACCACUCCUUCCUUCCCCACAGAUGCUGCCCGACCCACUGAGAUCCUCCAGCAGAUUACUUGUUGCUCCAGAUUCCCGCAUCUGCAGUCUCUUGUCUUUAAAAUGUUGUGGCGUCGGUAGAAACCUACCUGCCUGAGUGAGCUGGCAACAACACCAUCAACUCUCUGCCCUCUGUACCUCAGACAUCCCAUCAACUCCAACAAGCUGGUGCUUUUGCUUCUGAUCCAGAUUUAAUACUUGGGUGGUUUCUUUUGGUUUGUUACACUGGAGAGGAAAGAAUGGACAUGUGCAGUAUGUAAACUCCUUUCUAACACUUCUUAUACUGCUAGCAAUGUUUAGCACCCUUCCUUGUAGGAUUCCCUUCCCCAGUCUUCCCUUCCAGUCGCAGCUCCCUAUUUCCUGGUGUGUUGGACUAUUGGACAAUCUCCAUGUUGAAUAUCCGAGCCAGCUGUGCCUGGAAUAGCUGGCCACUCUUCUCAGGGCCCCAUCAGUCUGCCUGGGAAAUGGGUCUGUUGUUGUAUCCAUGUGAGUUGGAGGGAGUGUAAACCACUGGCUUCCAGCCUUUCCACUGCUUGCUCUCUAUCUCCUUCAUUAUCAGGGUCAUACUAUCAUGGGUCCACAUUUGAGGGAUAAGGAUGCGACCCCUUUAGUGUUAAAUCAUGCUUCAGAAUGUCAUGUGGAGGGGAAAAGAAUUCAGACAAAAUGUAACCGGAAGUCCAAGUGGUAAAGAAUUUGAUGGCGUCUUCAUUUCCUUCCAUGUGUAAUUAAAAUUAAUCUCAAUCAAAAGUUAGAAGAAAUUUUGCAUUUAUUUUCAACAAGUGUUUUACUAGCGAGAAACACUUAAAUUCUGCCUCUACCAUUGAAUGUUUCUUUAUAUUGCUAUUACAUAGAUAAUAUGGCAAUAUCAAAAAUACCACUGUUUGAAUAUAAAGCUUGACUAGAGCCGACAUUUUUUUGUGCUUUUAAUGAUAAACCAGUUAUUCAAAAUAGUUUGGACUUUCAACAUUUUAUUCAAUAAGAAGGUUACACGAUAUUAUUUUAAUACUCGCCAUUUUGGUUUGGAUAACAAUGACAUUUUAUAAAUAUUGUAUAAACAUUUUGCUAAGCUGAUUUGUAUUACUUAUGUAAUGUAUAAUUGAUGCUAGAUUAAAUGCACAUUGAAUGACAAUCAAUAAAGUGCAAUAUAUCUGCCAGCAUUUAACAUGAUUUAUUGUAACAGGACUCUGGACAUUUGUAUUUGGAUGUCUUAAAUUCCACUACUGCUGAAUGUCUUACAUCACUACAUUUACUAGUUUGCCUUUUGGGCAUUAGAAUUGUCCACUGUUUUUAAACUCUGAAGCUACCUCCAUGCAGAAAAAGCUGUAAGACACCACUUACAAUAAAUAAAGUUUUAAAAUCAUUCUUAA